AUGGCUUGUCCUCAGGACAGCUGUCCUCCUGGGCUGGUAAAUGGUGUCAGGGAGCAGAAUGGUCCCCCUGCUAUCCAGGAUGAGGCAGUCAGAGAACUCCUGAGAUGCUUGGAUAUUCAUAAAUCCAUGGGACCAGAUGGCAUCUAUCCCAAGCAGCAGGAGCAGGGAGGUCAUUCUCCCCCUGCACUGGGCACUGGUGAGGCCACACCUGGAGUGCUGUGUCCAGUUCUGGGCCCUCAGUUUGGGAAGGACAUUGAGACCCUUGAGCGUGUCCGGGAGGCAACGAGGCUGGUGAGGGGCCUGGAACACAAAUCCUGUGAGGAACAGCUGAGGGAGCUGGGAUUGUUUAGCCUGGAGAAAAGGAGACUCAGAGGUGACCUCAUCACUCUCUACAACUCCCUGAAAGGUGGCUGUGGUCGUGGGGUUGGUCUCUUUCUCCAGGCAGGAACUGACAGAACGAGAGGACACAGUCUGAAGCUGUGCCAAGGGAAAUACAAAAAAGUUUUUAGGGAAAGGGUGAUAAAGUACUGGAAUGGUCUGGCCAGGGAGGUGGUGGAGUCACCAUCCCUGGAUGUGUUUAAAAAAAGAUUGGAUGUGGCACUUGGUGCCAUGGUUUAG